CUGGGUGUUGCCAUUAUGGCCGGAUGUCACUAUCUGGGGUUUCUAUUUUCGUGUGAACUAGCCAUGACUAUGGAGCUUUUGGACAUUGAACCUCAUGAGCUUAAGUUUGCCUUUGAACUGGAGAAACAGAGUUCAUGCUUGGUUCAACUUGCGAACGAGUCGGAUCAGUAUGUUGCAUUCAAGGUGAAAACUACGUCACCCAAGAAAUAUUGCGUGAGACCAAACAUAGGCAUCGUUAAGCCCAACUCAAGAAGCAAUUUUACUGUUACCAUGCAAGCUCAGCGCUCAAUGCCACCUGAUAUGCAGUGCAAAGACAAGUUCUUGAUUCAAAGUACGGUUGUCCCCUCCGGAACAACAGAAGAUGGCAUUACAUCUGACAUGUUUGCAAAAGUUGAUGGGAAGCUUAUUGGGGAGAAGAAACUAAGAGUUGUCCUAACCAGCCCACCUUCCUCCCCUGUAUUGCUUCCAGCGAAUGGAGAGACGAAGCAGGAUCCACCCAAUGAAAUUCAUUUGCAAAGAGACAGGGUGUUGCGAAGUGGAGUCGAAAAUGUCCCUCCUCCUUUUACGGAUGCUGAGGAUGUCAAGGGUUUUAAAACAGACCAGGAUAUGGAGCAGGACAGGGCAAUCAAGGAUAAUGUCUCAAGACAAGCUGAGAGUAUAGAUGAUAUGAAAGUGAAAGAUGCUAUGCAGUUGAAUUUAGAUAAGGAUUCUGAGGAAUUGAAGUCAAGACAUUUAAUGGAUUCAAAACUAAGAGAGGCUGAACUUGUCAUCGAGAAGCUUAAUGCAGAGAGACGAGUGAGUACCCAAGAAAAAUAUAUGCUUAAAAAUGAAUUGGACGCGUUGAAGAGGAGAAUCAAUGCGAAAAGUGUUCAGGUGGGCUUUCCGUUACUGUAUGUUUGCAUGGUCGCUCUUAUCAGUGUCGCAGUCGGAUACUAUAUUCAUCCAUAAGAGAGAAAGGUCAAAUGAACUUAUCAUUGUUUAUUAUGACGGUAUUAGCGGGGGAAAUGUUAAUAUAUGCGGCAUUGGAACCUUUGUGAAAGACAUGUAAAAUGAACUUCGCCCUUCCAUGAAAAGCAUAAUAAUCAGCCAUCUGGUACUUUUAUCUUAA